AUCGAACCGGCGCCGCAGAGGCCCCGGGCAGCCUCGCAACCCAGCGCUCAACCGCUGUGCCACCGGGGAGGCCCCGGUUUUGUUUUUAAUUUUUUUAAUAUUUUUUUAAAGAUUUAUUUAUUUAUGCACACAAGAGCUGGGGUGCAGGCCAGAGGUGCGGGGUGAGAGGACUCCCCAGAGAAAGUAGGGAGCAGAACAGGCAGAUCCACUGAAACCCACGGCUGAGGGGAGCAGCGGGAGACAGGAGGGGUCUGCCGCGCCCUGGGGGUCACUCCCUGGCCGGGGAUGGACUUGUGCUGCAGAGGCUGCCCACAGCUUCGGAGAGGCCCCCUCCUUCGUCCCGGUGCUCCCUGGGACGGCUGACGGCUCCGGCUGGAAACCUGUGAGCUGCCAGCCAAUGAAGUGGACACCUCAGGAUGAACACACGGCAGAGACGCCCACCGCCUCGAAGGCCCUCCCAGAGGCUCUCAGCGGGAGGAAGGCGCGAGAGGGUGUGCGUGGAGAAGGCUCGCGGGCGUCCAGUCCUGGCAGGGGCCGGGCGUGGGGGCCGCUCCCGUGGGUCAGUGACACUGACAGGGCGUCCCAGUGGGGCAGGCGGAGCAGGAGGAAACCUGAGGAAAUAAUGGCCGUAGAUUUUGCAGAUUUGGUGACAUUAAUCUACAGGUUCGAGAAGCCAGCACUUCCCAGACAGGAGCCCAGAGGAAACCAGGCCUGGACACGCCGUGGCUCGCCGCUGCAGAGGGACAGUCUGAAUGAGGCCGGGUUGGUGGCCGGAAGCCGCGUGUGCCGGUCAGAGCGACAGCCCGGCCAGAACCACCUCGGAGUGAGGAAGGCGCCAGACAAGAAGGGACUUGAGUGUCCACCCGCUGCCGUGGACACGGCCGGGGUCGGGGGUGGUGCCGGCACGCAGAGCCGCGGUGGCUGUCGGGGUGGGUCUGUUCCAAGCGCCUCACGUCUGUGCCUGUUUUACGCAGACACUUCCUGGGGGGUCGGGCAAGGCAUGUGGGUGUCCGGCCCAGCCCAGGGCUCCCACUCUACUCUGUCAGGGCAGGGCUGGCCGGCACACGAAGCCCCGGGUGGCCCUGCGGACGCAGACAUACCGGGAACACCGCAGAGGCGUCCAGGCACCUUGGAAGAAGGCGGGAGGGGACAGGAACAAAGAGAGAAACCGGAAGCAGUUACACGGCAGGCCAAGGCCGGCAGGCCACUGGCGUGGACAGUCCCCACGCAGCUAAGGACAGAGACAUCAAGCGGGGCCUCACACCCUCUCUGCUGGAAGGAACCACUGUGUGAAGCAGGAUGAGGUUAAGAGUCAAAGGUCGGGGAGCUGCGCCGAGGCAAAUGGCGGACAGAGCCGCGGCUGCGAGGUGCUGCCGGUCCGUCUCCCUCACCCGAAACUCGGGGCAGGACUCAGGGAACCCCACACCCCGGUGUCACGCCCGUGGGAGCGAGUCCACCCGCCAGCCCAGUGGACCUUCUGAGGACCUUUCGUCCUCAGACAAGGAGAAACUGCUCCAGAAGCCGCCGGCCCGCCAGGCCCACGGGCUCUGGGAGGGCACAGGGUGCCGGGAGUCACGGGGACCCCACAGGACGCUUGGGAACGGAUGGAAAGGGAACGAAUGUAACGUGGCGUCGGGGUGCGCCUGGAGCCGGGCUCGCUGGGAAGUCGCUGACGGUAAAUGCUGAUGUCACCAAAGAGCCUCACGUCGAUUUUUUUUUUUAAGAUUUGUUUAUGCUGCAAGAGCUGGGGUGCAGGCCGGAGG